GGGCGUCUUCAACCAGCGGUGACUCAGAUGGAGCCAUGAGCCGCCCUGCUGUGCACAGACCUGCUCCAGCACCCUGAAACCAGCUGCACUGCAGGGAGCAGGGGAGGCAGAGUGCACGGGGCCACCAAGACACCCUGGGACGAGCACAGGGAGCAGCGACGCAGCAGCUGAGCCAGGCCAGGGAGGUUCCUGCAGCACACGGCAGAGCCUGCGGCGCGUGGCCCCGCUGCCGCCCGCACGAUGCCGGUCGAGGCGCUGCACGCCGGCGAUGCCAUGAAAGGGAUGGCGGCGAGGACCCCCUUCACCUCGGCCAUGCCCAUCCGCAUCCUCAACAAGGGACCCGAGUAUUUCCGACGGCGAGCUGAACCGGCUGCCCGAAAACCCAGCGCCGUGGAGAGGUUGGAGGCCGACAAGGCCAAGUACGUGAAGAGCCAGCAGGUCGCCAGUACCCGGCAGGAGCCGGUGAAGCCGCCGCUGCUCAAGCAGCCGCUCUUCGUGCCGGGCGUGCGCCGCGCCGUGCUCACCCCCAGCCGCAAGACGACGCCGGGACCGCGCUCGGCAGGCAGGGCCAAGACCUCGCUCAACCUGGAGAUCCUCAACCACCUCAUCAACGGCUGCGACAGCCCCAAAGCCGAGAGCCCGCGGGGCGGGGAGCGGCACGGCGCAGCGGAGGCGCUGAGCGCCGGUCGGGUCGGCAAGGCACCGGGGAGCCCCGCUGCUCCCAGACCCCCCGGGAGCGUGGCGGUGCGCAGGGUGGACGUGCGGCCCUGCGGGGCUCUGCCUCCCGCCGUGCCGGGAAUACGGGUGCCGUCGUCGCCCUCCCCUUGCAGACCGCCCGCGGCGCCGGCUCUGAGCUCACCCAACCGCCCCGAGAGCGCCCGCCGGCAGACCCUGCUGCACCGCUCCAAGUCGGACCUGAGCGACCGCUUCUCGCGGGCCACCGCCGACCUGGAGCGCUUCUUCAACUACUGCGGCCUCGACCCCGAGGAGGUGCAGGACAUGGGGGCCGAGCAUUUUGCCCGCGCCAGCUCCGACAUCGUGUCCGUCAAGUUUCACAGCGUCAGCACGGCCAGCUCGGAGGGCGGGCGCUCCCCCCGCAGCGCGGCCACUCCGGAGGGCCGCCCGGCUGAGCGCAUGCCGUAUGGCAUCUCAGUGGUGGAGCGCAACGCCCGCGUCAUCAAGUGGCUGUAUGGGCUGCGCCAGGCCCGCGAGCCCCAGCAGGUCUCCAACGUGUAGCCAGGCUGCUUGGCUGCAUGCGGUGCUGAUGCCCGGUGGGGAGGAAGCACCGUCCCGUGCCCCCCAGGAGGGCAGCGGGGCCAUUCCGGACCCCUGAACUGAGCCCGCUGUGCCUCGCACCCCGUCCUUGUGUGCUGCAGCUGCAGAGCGUGGAUGCUGCGCGUCCUCCUGGGGGGCGCCUUGCUUCCUGAUGGACUCAGCUCUGCAGGACCCCCACCAGCACCUCGGUACCCCUGAGCCCAAGGAGUGCAGAGGACACGGUUGCACCUGGCAGCGCGCUGCUGGCUGGGCUGCAGGUGCAUGGUACCUCCUUUGGGGUCCCAGCUCAGGGGUCUGCAUUAGCAUUGGGGUCUCCUCUUAGUGGCCACAGGUUGAGGCGCCGUGCCCCUGCAGCUUCAGCAGAAGGGACAGAAUCCUGGUGGUCCCCAUCAGAGUGCUGAGCGUCCUGGAGGGUUUGGGUGCUCUGCAGGGAGGGCAAAACCGAGCACUCCUUGGAGAAGCUCAAGUCUGUGUAUGUGUGUGUGCGUGUGUUUGUAUCCCCCUUUUUGUAUGCCAGUGAGAAAACCCUGGGCACAAUGUGCCCUCUUAUUUAUGAAGAAGGCUCUAUCGGUAUCUUCCUACUGUUUUUCCUGAUGUGUCAGCUGUAAUAAAGUGACAGUAAUGCAGUCGGUUUUAUUAAAUUUCAGUGCUUUGGA